GUGAGACACUUGUUUCCUAGUCCAACCUGUUGGGAACUAAAAGGACUCGCUUAUUGGAAUGAUGCGAAUAAAUGAUUGGAUUAGGAGUUGCAGUUCUUUCAAAUAGUCGGCAAACAUGAUGACCGCGUUUGUUUUGUGUUUUCAUGGAGUAUCCAUACUGAAUAAUCAAGGCCCUGCUGGGUGAAAUCAUGACGUGUUCCUGGCUGCUGUCCUCAUGCUGAAUAGAACCCUGUUGUCAUCUCUCUCACCACAACACGGCAGCCAUCUUGGUCCAGGCAUCUCAAUGUUAGAGUCCUAAUCCCGAACCCUGUUGUCUGUCACACCUCUCUCACCACACCACAGCAGCCAUCUUGGUCCAGGCGUCUCCAUGUUGCAGUAGCCAUCUUGGUCCAGACGUCUCCAUGUUGCAGUAGCCAUCUUGGUCCAGGCGUCUCCAUGUUGCAGUAGCCAUCUUGGUCCAGGCGUCUCCAUGUCCGUGUGCUGUGCUGCGUGUGCCGCGUGUGCUGUGUUGACUCCUCCCCCAUGGAGUCGUUGAGCAGCGUGUCCCCGCUACAGGGUCGCCUCAGCAGCCUGGACAUGCACCCCCUCAGCUUCCCCGUCGCCCGCCUCGCCCCCGCACGCUCAACCAGCAGCCUCGCCCCCGCACGCUCAACCAGCAGCAUAGACCAGCACACGCCACAAAACACACACCACCACACAUCCAGGAACACACACCACCACCACACACCCCAAAACACACACCAGCACUACACAUCCCAGAACGCACACCAGCACCACAGUCACCAGUACCCCAGCAUCUCCCCAGCCCGGUCUACUAGCAGUAUAGACCAGCAAUACCCCCAUAACCAGCUCCAGUACCCCCAGAGCUACCACUACCCCCAAAACACACACCACUACCCCAGCAUCUCCCCAGCGCGCUCUACCAGCAGCCUAGACCAGCUGCAGUACCCCCCUCAACACCACCACCACCCCCUCCACCCCCUCCAGUACCCCAACACCCACGGGAAGGGCGACUCGGCCUACAGCUCCUUCUCGGGGGGCUCCAACGCCCCCGACCUCUCCUCUCCUUUCUUCCCCGACGACCUGCACAUCCACCCCCAUAAUAAUAACAACUACCCCCCUCACCCCCCCUACACCCCCCUCGGGUACCCGUACGCCCCCCUGGGCCACGGGGGGCUGCAGUAUGCGGACCUGAAGUACCUCAACAGGGCGCUCACAUCCAGGUCAGACCCCGAGCCGGAUACCGAACCGGAACCGGACCAGGCCCCAGAGAGGAGGACCCCCAGCUCUACACCCAGGCCCAUGGAGCAGCUGUACCGCUCAGUGGAGUCCCUCCCUCGGCAGCAGAGUCGGGACGAGCAGCAAGGUGUCGGCUGUGGUGGAGAUGUGCCCGUUUCAGAAGACCAUCAUCAGCAGCAGCAGCAGCAUCAGCAGCAGUGUAGCAGGAGGCCGAGCUCCAACUCCACCCCAGUAGCGGUGCCCAUGUCUCUGUCGCUGCCGCCUCCUCCUCCUCCUCCACCUCCUCCUCUGCCCCCCGCACGCCUCCACAGCCUGGGAAGGAGCCUGGAGAAUCUCCGGAGUGUGGAGAACAUCCGGAACGCUGAGAACUUUCAGAAUACUGAGAAUUUCCGGAACGCUGAGGACCUCCGGAAUGCUGAGAAGUUCCACAAUGCUGAGAACUUUGAGAACCUCCGGAAUGCUGAGAAGUUCCGGAAUGCUGAGAACUUACGGAACACUGAGAAGUUCCGGAACAUGGAGAACCUGAGGCCUCGGCAGAGUCCGGAGGGGCAGCAGCUGUCUCCUCCCGAGCGCUCGCACCUCAUCCGCGCCCAAACGCCGCCAUCGGCAGCCAUCACCCCGUAUCCCAGCAUCCUCUACUGCCCUCCUCCCCCUCCCCAACCUCAUCACCACGGAGACUCGCUGGACCGAGACUCAGCCUCCGCUCAGCCGAAGCCGUUGCCAGCGGCGACCACGCAAAGCCGAUCGGUGCAGGGGCAUCUGAGCGUGGCGGCGGAACAUUACAGGACGUCUCCUCCGUCACAUGGUCGCCAGGGCAAUGAGGCUACGACGGUCACGGGACGACCUGAUUGGAGGAAAGAGGAUGGAGGGGAGGUUUUGAUUGGAGGAGGAGGAAGGGGAGGGGGAGGGCGAGGUGACCCCCUGCGUCGGAGAGCCCACUCUGCCUACGCCUCCGUUCCCCACAUCACCUCCUCGUCCUCGUCCUCCUCCGAGCGGCUUGCAGACUCCUGGCAGCCCCCUCCUCCUCCUCCUCCUCCUCCUCCUCCUCACUCUGCUCCUCUUCACCUCCCUCCUCCAAAUGUCAUCAACGGCAGCAUCCAGCACAAGGGCCAGUUUUACUUCGUAACCGGCGUCUCCGGACCUGUAGAGGGCGCCAGCAGGCCUGCGUCCGCCGUGUCAGACGGCUCCAGCGGCGCUACCCAGCGGUGUGUGGAGAGCAGCAGGUUGGAGGGCGCCAUGGAGACCCCCGGCCCCCGGGGGAACAUCGCCAUGGAGACCCCCGGCCCCCGGGGGAACAUGUUCCAUAACGCGUCCAGCCAGAGAGAACACGCGCCCUCGUCUCAAGGCCUGAGCAGGAGGACACAACACCAUGAUGCCUUCCUGGGUAGCUCCACUCACAGCAGUGCGCAGCGCGCCACACAUGCUUCAGACGGAGUUUCUGAGUUGGCGCAGAGAGCUGUGGCCUGGGAGACGACGCCCAGACACCACACCCCCUCCCAUCCCAUCUUCUACUGCGGACCAGAGGAGGAACACACCCCAUUGGUGCAGCCGGCCGCCACUCACCCAUCCUCAGCCCCAGCCCCAGUCCCGCCCCCUGCCUCAGGAGCAGAGGAUCAUGGGACACAGGAAGUGCAGCUGAAGAGGGGGCGGGAUCAUCAGCCCUCAGAAAGAGCCCCAUUGGUGCACCAAGCUGCCACUCAGACGGCCCCGAUACCGCCCCCUGCCUCUGCCUCAGCAGCAGAGGAUGAUGGGAAAGCGUGGAGGCAGACGCAAGUCGACAUCUUCCCCCGCGAGAAGAUCAGCAAGGAGACCACGCCCCUGUUGUACCAGCUGACGGGGGCCAAUAGGAUCCCACUCAUGAGCAACUUCAAAAGCCAGUCGUCCCAUUCCGCAGAGAACAGAAGCCAGUCGUCCCAUUCCGCAGAGAACAGAAGCCAGUCGUCCCAUUCCGCUGAGAACAGAAGCCAGUCGUCCCAUUCCGCUGAGAACAGAAGCCAGUCGUCCCAUUCCGCUGAGAACAGAAGCCAGUCGUCCCAUUCCGCUGAGAACAGAAGCCAGUCGUCCCAUUCCGCAGAAAACAGGAAGAAGGAUGCAGGAUGGAGCACUAAUGACUCACCACCACCACCACCACCACCACCCCCACACCAGCAACCCCCACACCCGCCGCCACAGCAGACACAAACAAAGGAACAAUCAAAGGCACAGGAAGUGAAAGCCACUGCUGCUGCCGCUGCUAGCGUAGCGCUCAGUAGCGAUCCUUGUGAGGACUCCGCUGUUAAAAUGUCGUCGGCGUCGGCGGACUCGAAAGUGGACGGCUUCUCUUACCCCUGUGGCACGCUGGACGACUCCUUCAAGAAGUACUACAAGGAGAAGCUGAAAGACGCCCAGUCCAAAGUGCUGCGGGAGACCUCCUUCAAGCGGCGGGACCUGCAGCCAAAUAAAGUCAAGCAGAGGCGAGACCAGCAGCAUCAACAGCAACAGACACACCAACACCAAGACGACCACCAGCAGCAGCAGCAGCAACAGACACACCAACACCAAGACGACCACCAGCAGCAGCAGCAGCAACAGACACACCAACACCAAGACGACCACCAGCAGCAGCAGCAGCAGCAGCAGCAGCAGCAGCAGCAGCAGCAGCAGCAGCAGCCAGCUGCUCUCCAAGUGUUCACCUCCACACUGGACCCUCUUCACACAUCAGCUGAGCAGCUCAGCGAUAGUCAGCCCUGGGCCCAGCAAACAUCAACAGACGCCAGAGGCAGGAUCGACAGGAGCAACAGGAAGGACAGCCCCGAGGAGAGGAUAAGCGACUCCGAGGCGAGCAGAGCGGAGAGCGAGAAGUCGAGGUCGUGCAGGCGACAGAGGGCCAAGUCGGCAUCAGCUGCGGUGGCCCCGGCGGCCUCGGCCCACGAUUGUGACAUCAGUGGCGAGUCCGAGGAGUCAAGUAGCGUGGUGGUGGGGAGGGAGAGAGCGAGGUCCGCGAUGGUGGCGGGGAGGGAGAGGGCGAGGUCUGCGAUGGCGGCGGCUGCUAUGGUCUCGGAGAGUGACAUCAGCAGCGGGACAGAGGAGUCGACACGGAGGCCGGGGAGGGAGAGAGCGAAGUCAGCGACGGCGUUAGCGGUGACGGCUCCGGUGUCCGAGAGCGACCUGGGGAGCGAAGCUGAGGAGUCGAUACGGAGGUCGAUCCGGGUGGCGCAGCCGCAGGUGGCCACGCGCGUCGGGGGCCGCAAACGCCUCACGCAGGAGCAGAAGAAGAAGAUGUGCUACUCCGAACCCGAGAAGCUCCACAAGCUGGGAGACAUGGCGGUGGCGCCAACGCCGCCGGCACCCACGCAGCCCAGCCACAAGCCGUCCCACUCGCUGGGGAACGAGGCGGAGGGAGGGCUGCUGACGGACGAGGAGCUGGAGGAGGUGGGAGGAGGAGGAGGAGGAGGAGAGCAGGGCCUGGUGGCCGCCAGGAGGAAACUGUUUGAGACGCGAGGUCGAGCCCUCUCGGCAUCCAGCCUCUCCAAGACCAGCCUCAAGCACCUGCAGCACAGGGCCCUGUUGGCCUACAUGGAGAGGAAGACGCAGAGCCAGAAGGCAGCCGAGCCCCAGCCCCAUCCCCAGCAGGCCUGUCCCCAGGCCCUGCCCACCCAGAGGCACUCCACGGCGGGCAGGACCUCCGACUGUGGGCCCAGGCUUCAGCAGAGUGCUGGAGGCCCGAGUAACAAGAGGCUGCAGAGGCCUCUGUCUGCCGGCCGCAUCCUGGACGCCUCGUCCAGCUCCGCCCGCUACGCCCAGUUCAGCUCCGCCUCCUCUGCGUUCAGCUCCGCCUCCUCUGCGUUCGAGCACUCGUGCCAGUCCAGCUGGAGGGAGGCGUCGGUGGCGGUGGCGUCGGUUCCGGUUCCGGUUCCGAGUAAAGCAGCCUCGGUGGAGAGCCUCUUGGACCCGCCGGAGAAGGCCGCGCUCUACCGCGCUCGCUCCAGAUCUACUCCUCAAGUUCUGCAGGAUCACAUGAGGGUCAGUGAUGUCUCCUCAUCAUCGGACUCUGCAAGAGCGACCCAAGCGGCUGCUGCCACUGUAUCCACUGUUGCCAGGGCGACCCAGGGGCCCACUGUUGCCACGGAGACCCCGGGCCCUGUCGUGGUUGGCGCUGGCGGUCGGAGUACCGUUUCUGGUGUCGUUUCGGUGCCGGAGGAGCGUCGUCGGGUGGUGGCCCCGCGGGGGAAGUCCAUGGAGGAGCUGGGCUCUGGGUCAAAGGUCACGCGGCCUCCCAUGAGCCUCAGCAAGAGCUCCGAUCAACUGGACCGCCUCCACUCACACACCAGGAGCAGCAGCGGAGGAGGAGGAGGAGGGUCCACACACCCCAACCCCUCCUCCCUCCCCAACCCCAACCCCCCCUCUCUCCUCAGCUCGGGUUCCUUCCUCGGUCGGGAGCGGAGGGGGGUUCCCAUCCUGGGCACGGUGCAGCUGGCACAGCGAGGGCAGGCGGCCGGUCUUGGGCUCGGGGUCGGGCACAGGGACACCGGGGCAUCGCUGGAGGCGGCCCAUGCCAAGGCAGACUCCCUCUCCAGCACGGCCUCGCCACCCGCGGGCACAGGGGCACCCAGUACCGCCCCGCCACCCGCGGGCACAGGGGCACAGACACCAGGCCAGGGGCACGCACUGACGACAGCACCGGGCCAGAUAUGGAGAGAAGCAGCACACAGACAGACCUCACAGGAGGCCAAACCUCCCUCAAGUGCGCCUCAGGUGUCGGCUCAGGUGAGGGCCUCUCUACCUGCCUCUCUACCUGCGGGGCCUCCUCACGAGGUGGCCCUCAGUGUCGGGGUUACCACCGACCCCAGCGCCUGGCCCUCCUCAUCUGCUGAUGAUGAGGAUGAGGAAGAGGAGGAGGAGGAGGAGGAGAGAAAAGAGGAGCAGGAGGAGGAGGAGGAGGCUCCGUCAGCUCUCGAUACCCCCACGUCCUCAACUCCCAACGUGAGCGGUGAGCAGAGCAGAGAAGCACAGGAAGAAGCAGAGCACCAACAGGAAGUGACAUCAGCAGCAGAGAACAACACCCCGUCUCCGCACUCUCAGUGGGCGGCGCUAGUACAGGAAGUGGUGAGCGCCGACCAAUCGCUGGCUACAAUACUGAGGCCGUUGGCCAAUAGGAAGACAGCUCUGAUGCUGAUGGAGCAACUGCUGUCGGAGGACACUCUGCUGAUGGAGGAACACUACAAGAAGAGGCAGGAGGAGAGGAAAGAGGAGAGGCAGGAGGAGAGGAAAGAGGAGAAAGAGGAGGUGGAGAAGGAGGUGGAGAAGGAGGUGGAGAAGACGCCGGAGGAGAAGGAGCAGCAGGACGGAGGACAGAGGGUACCAGCUGUUGGGGAGCAUCCUGCUGUGACCUCUGGUGACCUUGAACCUGGCAUCUCGGAGCCCCAGAUGCAGGCUGUUGACAGUAUGCCUGAGGAGAAGCUCAUCAGGAAAAAGCGUCAGCUCCUGGCGUGGUGUGUGGAGCGCCUGGCCGCCCUGGAGGAUCAGCGGGUUGCUCUGCAGCAGGACGAGGAGGCUAACGGGGCGCGGGGGGCCUCUAUCGCCGCCCUGGUGGCCACACGCUGCAGUGCGGUGGAGCAGGAGCGUUACUCCCUCUUCAUCGGGGACCUGACGCGCGUCAUCAGCCUGCUGCUGCACCUCUCCGCACGACUCGCACGCGUACAGAACGCACUCGCCAACGUGGACGAGAACACGGACCAGGAGGAGAAGCAAUCUCUGGAUAGUCGUCACCACCUCCUGUGUAAGCAGCGUGACGACGCUAAGGACCUGAAGGACAAUCUGGACCGGCGGGAGCGCGUGGUGUCCACCCUGCUGUCACGGCACCUGAGCGCGGAGGAGCUGCAAGACUACAGGAGAUACGUGCAGACACAGGCCUCACUACUCAUACGCCAUAAAGACCUGGAGGAGAGGAGACGCAUCGCAGAGGAGCAGAGGGAGGCUCUGGAGAGCAGCCUGGAGGCAUAG